CGUUAGGAUUCUAUCUUUCUCAGUGUUCGUCUGCAUGUUGUCCUUAUUUACAUAUUUUUUUUGUCAUAUCACACCAUGUAAUACAAAUCCGCCUCUACGCCACCUCCCCUCGCUUUUUUCUUUGCAGAUGUUGCCACUGAGCACCGUACGAGGACCAUUACCUUUGCGCCUGUCUGAUGCGGUCAACGUCAUAGCGGCUAAGGACACUUAAUGAUGCAUGGGAUUCUGCUGAUUUUAGCACAUUUGGAUAUCACCAGAAGUACCAGUCCUCCGGUACGGAACCUAUCUCCUCCGUUUUUGCCAGUCGCCACCCUAUCACAACCUGCGCGAAGAACUAAGACUGGGAGGUGGAGGCGAGGACACACCCGCAUACUGUAGCUCUCCAACACCGGUGCACGCGUGGUGAUGCUGCAGACAACAGGAUAAUCUGAUUAACGGCCCGAGUAGGACAUAUAUUUUUCUUCUUCUCGGGAAAUAAAACACACGAGGGAUUUUUAGCCGCUGGCAAUUUACCCCAUUACAUCAGGUGAAAAAUGGGAACAGCAACUAACACCCAGUUUUGAACAAGGUGACUGCUGACGGAUCAAUCCAUGAGGUGACAUCCUGUGAGAUCCUGUGGCCGUCCGGUCUUUACGGCAUUGAAUCCCCUCCCUCUCCUCCGCCCCCCUCCCAGCAGUUUCCUGUCUGAAAAGUGCAGGCUUCCUGCUCCCCCAGCAGAAUGACUGUAGCCACUGGCGACCCCUCUGACGAGGCGGCAGCGCACCCAGGGAACCCCGCAGAGUACGACCCUGACGCUGACCAUGAGUGCUGCGAGAGAGUGGUCAUCAACAUCUCUGGACUGCGUUUCGAGACACAGCUUAAAACCCUCUCCCAGUUCCCUGAUACUCUGCUGGGGGACCCUAAAAAGAGGAUGCGGUACUUCGACCCACUGAGGAACGAGUAUUUCUUCGACCGGAGCCGCACCAGCUUUGAUGCCAUUCUCUAUUUUUACCAGUCAGGAGGGAGGCUACGGCGGCCGGCCAAUGUGACCCUUGAUAUUUUCUCAGAGGAGAUCCGUUUCUAUGAGUUGGGGGAUGAGGCCAUUGAGCUCUUCAGAGAGGAUGAGGGUUUCGUCAAGGAGGAAGAGAGGCCACUUCCUGACAAUGAGUUUCAGAGACAAGUGUGGCUGCUCUUUGAGUACCCAGAGAGCUCGGGUCCCGCUAGGAUUAUCGCUAUUAUCUCCGUCAUGGUCAUCCUCAUCUCUAUCGUAAGCUUCUGUCUGGAAACCCUGCCCAUCUUCCGCAACGAUGACGACGAACCGCACAGUGUCUUUGACACCAACACCAACACCACAAUCUACUUCACGUCCACCUACUUCACUGAUCCUUUCUUCAUCCUGGAGACACUCUGCAUCAUCUGGUUCUCCUUUGAGUUCCUGGUGCGCUUGUUCGCCUGCCCCAGCAAAUCUGGCUUUUUUGGUAACGUCAUGAACAUCAUUGACGUUGUUGCCAUCAUCCCUUACUUCAUCACCCUGGCCACAGAGCUGGCUGAGAAACCAGAGGAUGGCCAGGCGGGUCAGCAAGCCAUGUCCCUGGCUAUUCUCAGGGUCAUCCGUCUAGUGCGAGUCUUCCGAAUUUUCAAGCUCUCGCGACACUCCAAGGGGCUUCAGAUCCUGGGCCAGACCCUGAAAGCUAGUAUGAGGGAGCUCGGUCUGCUGAUCUUCUUCCUCUUUAUUGGAGUCAUACUCUUCUCCAGUGCUGUCUACUUUGCGGAAGCUGAUGAGCCCGAAUCGCAGUUUGAAAGCAUCCCAGACGCCUUCUGGUGGGCUGUUGUCUCCAUGACGACAGUAGGGUAUGGUGACAUGGUCCCGACCACCAUCGGUGGCAAGAUUGUGGGCUCCCUCUGCGCCAUUGCAGGUGUGCUGACAAUUGCCUUGCCCGUGCCUGUCAUUGUUUCCAACUUCAACUACUUCUACCAUCGUGAGACAGAGGGCGAGGAGCAGGCCCAAUGCCUAGGCCCAGUCACCAAAGAGGACUCGAAUGAAGAGCUGAAAAAGAGCCGGAGCGGUUCAACCAUCAGUAAAUCAGACUACAUGGAGAUCCAGGAAGGGGUGAACAACAGUAUUGAGGACAUCCCUGAAGAGAACCUCAAGACUCAGGCCAACUGCACAACUUUGGCCAACACAAACUAUGUCAACAUCACCAAAAUGCUCACAGACGUGUAGCCAGCCGGCAGGCAUUGUCCUCUCGGUGAGGUUGAGGGGUCAAAGGAUAGGACAGGUGUGUAGCCUCCCUUUUCACAUGUGCUGCUGGAAUAUCAAGGCAAUAGAUUCAGGACGUAUACCUGUACUCGUCUUUGUGAGUGAUGAGAAACACCAGAGACCAAUACUCACUCCUCCCCUAACUCCCCUUAGCUCGUCACACCUUGCCCUCAAACUGACCUUCUGUCAGAUUUAAAAUCUUAUAAUCCACAUUUUGCUUGUUGAUGUCUGCAUGGAGUUGGCUUUGUCAGUGUGACUUUUUCAAAUAACCUGUUCACAACACUAGUACAAAAAAAAGAGGAGAAAUGUAGUUAAAAAAGGGAAUUAUAGUUUCCAGAAUAACCACACCACCAACAUUGUUUCAGCCCCCCUGUGCCGGCCCCUACCCUGGUCUCCCUUCAUUGCUAAAGGCACACUGCGCUUCUGAAGAGUCUUGUUUGCGUGUUGCAAUAUGCUGCUUCCUGGAGCAAACGAAACAAACCCCGUUCUGUGGUGAACUACUUGGAGAUUACAGCACGUGUGAGCAUUAAGCGGGCAUGCUGCGUUGCUGAGGUCUGUCAUGACCUGAGUCUGAGGAGUGUGUUACUGUAGUAGCAAUCCACACGAUUUACGGGAUAUCAGCUCCAUAAGCUUACGAUGGUUUGACAUAUUUUCUUCAGUAGACAUCAGUAUCUGAUGAAUGACUGAGAAUGUCCUUGACUUUUCACUGCUUUAGUCUUACAUGAUAUAUGUGUUUACUGUACAGUGCAAUGCAAGCAUCCCUCCUCCACUCACCUGCAUCAGUCUGAACCAGUCUUACUGCAGCUUUGAGGACAAAGUGAAUGUCUCUUCCUCUUUCAUAAAAAAAAGUGUACUCAUUUACAUACAGAUAGGUAAGUAGUUGUGACUGUAACCGAUACUGUAGCUAGAUACUGUAGGUACUGUAGGUAGUAACCGUAGCCAGUUAAUUGUUGCAUGGAGUUCUUAACUGAAUGAGUAUUCUCACUCACACAACUAACAUUGCUCCAAAGACACAGUCUAUGGUCUUGCUCUCUAUAACCUUCUAUCACACAUGUGAAGGGGUGACUAUAAAGGUGGUAUCAUACAUGUAAGUAUUCACCCCCCAUGGAUUUUCUCACGUUUUGUUGCCUUACAAAGUGGGAUUGAAAUAUAAUUCAUUGUGGUUUUUAGCCAAUGAUCUAUAUAAAAUACUCUGGAAUGUCAGAGUAAAAAAAACAUUUAAACACAAUUUGACAAAGUAUUCACUCCUUUUGUUUACUCAAGCCUAAAUUAGUUCAGGAGUAAAAUUUGUCUUAACAAAUCACAUAAUAAUUUACAUGGACUCACUCUGUGUGAAAUUAUAGGGGUUGACGUGCAUUUUGAAUAAUUACCCCUUCCUCUGUCCCCCAGACAUACAACAUCUGUAACUUCCCUCAGUCAAGUAUUGAACCUCGAGCACAGAUUCAACUACAAAGACCAGGGAGAUUUCCAAAAGCCUCAUAAAGAAGGACAGGGAUUGGUAGAUAGGUAAAAAUAACAAAGUAGACAUUGAAUAUCUCUGUAAGCGUGGUCAAGUUAAUAAUUAUGCUGUUAGAUGAUGUAUUCAAUCACCUAGACACGUCAAACAUACAGUCGUCCUUCUAGACUGAGCUGCAGGGUAGGAAGGAAACUGCUCAGGGAUGUCACCCUGAGGCCAUUGGUGAUUUUAAAACAGCUACGGAGUUCAAUGGCUGUGAUGGGAGAACUGAGGAUGGAUUAACAACAUUGUAGUGACUGCACAAUAAUGACUUAAAAAGAAGAAUCCACAUUUUCAGAAUAUAAACAUUCCAAAACAUGCAUCAUGUAUGCAACAAGGCACUACAUUAAUACAGAAAGAAAAAAAAAGUUUGGGGAAAAUCCAACAGAACACAUCACUGAGUAAUUUACUCCUUAUUUUCAAGCAUGGUGGGGGCUGCAUCGUGGUAUGGGUAUGCUUGAAAUAGGCAAAGACUGCUGAGUUUUUCAGGAUAAAAAGAAACGGGAUGGAGCUAAUCACUGGCAAAAUCCUAGAGGAAAACCUGCUUCAGUCUGCUUUACACCAGACACCGGGAGAUGAAUUCGCCUUUCAGCAGGACAAUAAACAACAACACAAGUGCAAAUCUACACUGUAGUUGCUUACCAAGAAGACAGUGAAUGUUCUUAGUGGCCAAGUUACAGUUCUGACUUAAAUCUGCUUGAAAAUCUAUGGCUGUAAGAUGUAUUGACUCGGGGUGAAUACUUGUCUAAUCAAAGUACUGUAUAUUAGUGCUUUAUUUUUCAUUCAUCUUUAAAACAUUUUGGAACUUUUCUUCCACUUUGACAUUACAGAGUAUUUUGUGGAGAUCGUUGACCAAAAAAAUAUACAAUUACAUCUAUUUUAUUCCCACUUUGUAACACAAUCAAAUGUGAAGAAAUCCAAGGGGGUGAAUACUUAUGAUAGGCACCGUGGGUUAUUAUCUAACAAGCUACACGGGUGUCUAAAAGGAUACCAUGCCCCAAACCAGCCCUAUAGUUUGGAGGAUAUUGUGCUCCUAACAUUUGACCCAAAUGUAACAUUCCAGCCACACGGCUGAGUUGAAACAUAGAGGUGUUCAUAUACAGCAGUCAUUGCAGCUGAGCUUUAAUUUGAGGCAAAAUGCAUUAGUUAAUUACUUACAGUACUCAUGCAGUCUAGUUGCAGCAUUAAACUCAGUUACAGACAGACUUGUGUAGCCUCGCCUCACGGCUGUCUUGUACAACUGUGUAGCCAUCGUGUCUUCAUGAUGAGCUAUUGGGACAGCUAAUGGGACGUGUAUAAAAUGAUGCUUCCUCCCUGAACUGCGAUCAAAACAAGAAGGCUGACUGAAUGCUACUCUCCUAGUGUUGCAUGACCUCAAUACAUUCCUAGAAGCAUGUAUUUAAGUUCAAGGAAACCUAUGAAAAAGCCUAUGGGAACUAUUUAAUAGGGUACCUAUAUUUAUCUCAAUAUAUACUUACAUACUUUUAAAUGUGAUAACAACGCAAUCUGGAACGUAUACGAAGGGGAAUUGACGUUCAGCUGACGAUGUAGAGAUGAGGAUGACCAUGACGGAGAUGAUAGCGUUAAUCCGAUAAUCCUUGAAGAUAUGCAGAUCGUUGCUGUGUUUGUUUUCACGAUAUGAACAAUGACACUUGUUUAUUUCGAGCACUGUUGGGGUAGCCCCAUUUCAGGGACUGUCUGUUGGACAGAGUGCCAAAGACAUGCAUGCGCGUAAUAACCUAGCCCUUUCGCAGGACAAAUGGAGGUACAGUAGUAUAUCUAUGGUAGAUGCAUCCCUCGAUCCCAAAAUAUGAGCAUUAUCUAAAGUCUGUCCGUCUCUCGACGGAGAGAUGGUUUAUAUAUAUAUUAUAUAUUGCCAACAGCUGAAGUAUGUAGCUGUGCAGCAACUCUUAACUACACAGUUCUAGGUCUCUCAUGACAUUGCUGAGCCUGCUGCCUUUCUACAUCGUUUCAUAGUGGUCUUUAGGGCACAUGAGAGUAAUAGCAGAGCAGGGGAUGUUUCGCCAGUGCAAAUUCAAUUGUAAAUGGAUUCAGUCUUAUUUACCCUUUGGUAAAUAUUGGUUUGACUCUAAUGUCUAAGGUGUUUCUAACGUGUCUGAUCUGUCGGCGGGGAUGAGAAAGACCAGUUUACGUUUCUAGGCCUAAAUGUCUACUACCAUUGCCGCAGUUUGCACUCAGGGUGCCUCGCUAGAUAGACAGACGUGAGGUUCCUAUCUCCUGGUCCCUCCCUCUGCCCUAACCAUGUUCCUCUCCUGUCUUGUGUCUUCAAUUGAAAUGAAACGUGUUGGAAAGGAACUUGACUCUGACAAUAAUCUGGGUCUGGAACCCUGCUUGUUGAUGCUUCCAUUUACAUUAUAACGACAUUAUGUUAUUGUGUUCUUACUGUAACACACUUCCCCUCUUAUGCACCACCUUGUCCACAACACACAUCAUGUGCCUAUGUAGGUACACAAUUAUGUGGUGUUUAUUUGUACGUGUGUGUGUGUGUGUGUGUGUGUGCGCGUGCAUGUCUGUGUGUAUAUAGAGCCCACCUCUGAAUGUCAGUGUCUUAGCUUGGUUGUACUGCUGCAUUAAAGUGACAGUGUGCAACCAUUCAUGCAUGUGUGCAUACCAUUUAUAUUUAUUUUUUAUUGCUCACAGUGUGACCAAAAAUGACCAAAUUGUCUACGCAUGCAAAUGCAUUGUAUGUUUUGUAUUAUUUUUCUAUUUAUUUAUUUUUCCACACACACUGUCAAAUUUAGCAACAUAUCGAAAUAGAAGCACUGUUGUUGAGUGUCAAUGAUUUGUUUUUUAGAUGCUCUAAGCACAAGCGCAAAUGGAGUAUACCCAUUUGUAUCACUGUGCUUUCAGAUUUACUAUGUAUGUCAAAUGUUUAUUUGCAAAAUGGAGUGUCGCAAAAUUGAAAAUGUAUAUUUUGCUUUAUAGUAAGCAUCUCUAUACUAUUUUAACUCAAAGUGUACAGAGGGUUUCACCAGCAAAAUCACAGUCAGAAGGACUCAGAAAAUCCACUGCAAAGUCUAUCCAGAGAAGCACUGUAGAUUGGAAAUAUAGACACACAUAGGCCAGGGUGUAGAAUGGAAGGUGAACUCACAAUGCAGUUUAAUGGAAGGUGAACUCACAAUGCAGUUCAAUGGAAGGUGAACUCACAAUGCAGUUCAAUGGAAGGUGAACUCACAAUGCAGUUCAAUGGAAGGUGAACUCACAAUGCAGUUCAAUGGAAGGUGAACUCACAAUGCAGUUCAAUGGAAGGUGAACUCCCGAUGUGAUUCAAACAAAGUAGAGUUUCGGCCGUGUGAAUUUUUUUCUCCGGAUUCUGGGUUUGUUUGAAAUGUAAUAGUGAGCGUUUUAAUCGAUGAUGAGAGCCCCUCCACUUAUACAGAGAAAUACAGGCCUCAAUUGAUUCGAUAAAUAAAAAUACCGGAAAACUGCACUGCAGGUUCAAAAAUGCUAUGCUGUAUUGAAGGUGGUAAGUAACUGGGUGAACGGUGAAUGCUCCUGCAAGCUAUUCCUCUCACCAACGUUGUCAUUGAAUAUGAGUGUUAAACUUUCUGAGCGAAACCGCAGUGGGAUUUUCCUUCUAUCUGUAAUUGUUUGAAUUUGGGCCACAGUGAAAGCCUUGUAUUGCACUGUACGCUUUCCGUCACCAAGACAGUAAACAUGCAAGUAGCUAAACAAGUAGUAGCUAUACACUUGACUGUAUAUGCAUGUGUUUUUAGAACAAGAGAGUGUGUUUCUGUGGUCUCAAAGUGAAUGAUACUGUGGCAACACUGAUACAGUAUGCACAGUACAGCUCCUUCAUCUUCAAACCUCCCACACAUCAUGGUGGCCUGACUACUACUAUCAACUUUGGUCCAUAUGGACAAUCUUUUUUUUUUCUGUGAAAAGAAAUGUGUGGGUAAUACUGUGCACAACAAUAAUGGAUUAAGAAGACGAGAAACAAUGCUAUAAUGCUCUGCGAAGUCUGGAUUGAAAGUAGCUGCACUUUACAGGAACAAAAAGACAAUCUGCAGACAAAAUGUGUCAAACUAGAAUGCAUAUAAUCCUUCCAAAUGACCAUAACCAUGAUAACAAAGUAAUAUCAGUAAUGAAGACAAUAAUAAUUCAACCAAA